AUGGUGGCUCCCCGUAUCUGCGACGUGCAUGAAAGACAAGAUGCCAAUGAUAUUUUAACACAGCUCUCCCGACUGGACCCCCUCUGUCUGGCUGGGGCGCUAGUUAUCUCAGGGUUGUUCUUCCUAUUGACUCUUCCUCGAAGGUCGUCGAUCCCUAUGGUCAAUGAGAAAUCGCUUUUCCAAAUUCGGUCCUCGCACGCUCAGAAGCGGUUCUUGCAAGAUGCGCGCAACUUAAUCAAAGCUGAACUAAGUCGCUGGAGGGCUCCCAUCUUUCGGGUUCACUCGGACAAUGGAAUCAAGACCAUGCUUGCACCCGAGUGCGCAAAUGAGAUUCGUGCUCACCCUGCCUUGAGCUUUGGCCGUGCAAUUACACUGGAGUUCCACUCGGACAUUCACGGAUUCGAACCUUUCAAUCAACUAGCCAGCAGCAAUGACACCUUCCAAGAUGCUAUCCGAAUGAAGCUGACACAGAACCUGGGAAGUGUGACCAAGCCCUUCUCAGAUGAGACAUCGAUUGUCCUUAAAAAGCACUGGUCGAACGAUGGCAACUGGCAUGAAGUGGCUCUCAAGCCGACCAUUCUUAAAAUAGUUGCCCAGCUCUCAUCAAAAGUCUUCCUUGGGGACAAGAUUUGUCGUAACCCAGACUGGCUGCAGAUCACUGUCGACUAUACCGUGGACACCUUCUUAGCCGCUGAGGAUCUCCGGCUCUGGCCCAGAUUCAUACGCCCUGUUGUGGCCAACUUCCUGCCAUCCUGCCGUAAAAUCCGCCGGGAACUGAAGGAAGCGACGGAAAUCAUAACUCCGGGAUUAGAAGCAGCCAGGAAGGCAAACCAGCCACCAAAACGCUAUAAUGAUGCUAUGCAGUGGAUGGAGGAAUGCGCCAAAGGUCAGCCCUACUCCCCUGCAGAAGCGCAAACGGCCUUCUCAAUCGUUGCCAUCCAUACGACGUCAGACAUGCUCACGCAGGUCGUCCUCUACCUUUGUACCCUUCCGGAGGUCAUCCAACCGCUUCGCGAGGAAAUUGUGGCGCUCAUCCAGGAAGGGGGAUGGAAGAAGACUGCUUUAUAUAAGCUCAAACUCAUGGACAGUGUGCUGAAGGAGAGUCAGCGCAUGAAGCGGGUCAACAUCAAUAAGAAUUUCUAUCCCUUGUCAACUUCAACGAGACGUCUCGCACUGGAGGAUAUCAAAUUAUCGGGUGGCACACUCAUUCCAAAGGGCUCCUCCCUUCUCGUCUCUAGCCACAAAAGGUGGGAUCCAGACACUCCUGGCCACGAGACUUCGGCCCAGCUAGUGUCGCCGUCUCCAGAGCAUCUCGGAUUCGGCUAUGGGAAGCACGCUUGUCCGGGACGGUCCUUCGCUGCCAACGAGGUUAAGAUCGCCUUGUGCCCUAUUUUAUUAAACUACAAUUUCAAACUGCCUGAUGGCUGUACACAGACGGUGCGAAAGAGGGGCAUCUCGCUCAGUGCUGAUCCUUCGGCGAAACUCGUCAUCAGACAGCGACAAGAAGAGAUUGCGCUCUGA